AUGGCUGAAGAGAAACUGUCUGCGAGAACUCAGGUUCCUGCGUCUGCUGAAUCUCAAAAAUCCCGGCUGAAAAAAGCUCCAGAGUUUCCUAUUUUGGAAAAGCAGAACUGGUUGAUACAUCUCCAUUAUAUCCGGAAGGAUUUUGAAGCAUGCAAGGCUGUUAUCAAAGAACAGCUUCAGGAGACUCAGGGGUUAUGUGAAUAUGCUAUCUAUGUCCAAGCUUUGAUAUUGCGCCUGGAAGGAAAUAUCCAAGAAUCCCUAGGACUUUUUCAGAUGUGUGCAGUUCUCAGCCCUCAGUGUGCUGAUAACCUCAAGCAGGUGGCCAGAUCUCUAUUUCUUUUGGGAAAACAUAAAGCUGCCAUUGAAGUAUAUAAUGAAGCAGCUAAACUUAAUCAGAAAGACUGGGAAAUCUGUCAUAACCUAGGAGUUUGCUACAUUUAUCUGAAACAGUUUGACAAGGCACAAGACCAGUUGCUCAGUGCCCUACAUCUUAACAGACAUGAUCUGACUUACAUAAUGCUGGGCAAGAUCUUCUUGCUGAAGGGAGACUUGGACAAGGCCAUCGAAAUCUACAAGAAAGCAGUGGAGUUCUCACCAGAAAAUACAGAACUUCUUACAACUUUAGGAUUACUGUACCUACAGCUCGGCAUUUACCAGAAGGCAUUUGAACAUCUUGGAAACACAUUGACUUAUGACCCUACCAACCACAAGGCCAUCUUGGCAGCAGGCAGCAUGAUGCAGACCCACGGGGACUUUGAUGUUGCCCUCACCAAAUACAAAGUUGCAGCGUGUGGUGUUACAGAAAGCCCUCCACUCUGGAAUAACAUUGCAAUGUGCUUCUUUGGCAAGAAGAAAUAUGUGGCAGCCAUCAGCUGCCUGAAACGAGCCAACUACCUGGCACCUUUAGAGUGGAAGAUUCUCUAUAAUUUGGGCCUUGUCCACUUGACUAUGCAGCAGUAUGCAUCCGCUUUCCAUUUCCUCAGUGCAGCCAUCAACUUCCAGCCGAAGAUGGGGGAGCUCUACAUGCUUUUGGCUGUGGCUCUGACCAAUCUGGAGGAUACGGAGAAUGCCAAGAGAGCCUAUGAAGAAGCAGUCCGCCUCGAUAAGUGUAACCCUUUAGUGAACCUGAACUAUGCUGUGCUGCUGUAUAACCAGGGCGAGAAGAGGGAUGCCCUGGCCCAGUACCAGGAGAUGGAGAAGAAAGUCAACCUACUCAAGUAUAGUAGCUCUCUGGAAUUUGAUCCGGAGAUGGUGGAGGUCGCCCAGAAGCUGGGAGCUGCUCUACAGGUCGGGGAGGCACUGGUCUGGACUAAACCAGUUAAAGAUCCCAAAUCAAAGCACCAGACUGCUUCAACCAGUAAAGCCGCCUGUUUCCAGCAGCCUCUGGGCUCUAAUCAAGCUCUAGGACAGGCAAUGUCUUCAGCAGCCACAUACGGGAAGCUCCCCUCAGGUGCUGGAGGAACAUCCCAGCUCACAAAGCCACCAUCCCUUCCUCUGGAGCCAGAGCCCACUAUGGAAGCACAACCCACGGAAGCAUCAGCACAAACCAGAGAAAAGUAG